GGACGUGACGUCAAUAACCGAGCGCCCGGAAGCGGAAGUUCGCUAGUAUUACCCGCUGGAGAGUGUGAGCUGUAUCAGUUGGUAAUGAAAUAUGGCUGCUGAUUGGCUUGGGAGCAUCGUAUCCAUUAACUGUGGAAACACCUUGGGGGUGUAUCAAGGCCGCGUGUCUGCUGUUGAUCAACUUAAUCAAACCAUCUCUCUCACCCAGCCUUUCCACAAUGGCGUCAAGUGCUUGGUGCCAGAGGUCACUUUCAGAGCGGGAGACAUAGUGGAUUUAAAAAUUCUGGAGAUCCCUGUGGAUAGUCCUCGCACAAACCACCAGCUCCCUGACGAUCCUUCAGGCUCCAGCUGUGUAUCUACCAGUCAACAGAAUGGCAUGAGCAAGCAGAAAUCCUCCACGACAGUGGGCACAUCCCAGGGUAUCCCACGAAGAGCAGAUGCAAAGGGCAAUGACCCUGCCGGAACCUCCCCGCAGCCCUGCUCAAAGAGCCAUGUGGACAAGCACACUGAUGGCCUUGGGCAACCGAAAAACUUUCGCCGGAGACACAACUCGUCCAGCAUCCAGUUGGCCGUGCAGUCAUUACGAUACCUGCAGAGCACUGGCUGCAAAUUGGAAAGCGAGAUUUCAAGUACCCUCUCUGGACAGAUGGAGAUUGGGAGGGGGUCUUCCAGCAGUCGUUACCCCAAUCAGGUCACCCCAAAGAAGACUGUCCCAAAGAAUGGGCAGCUAAAGGCUCGAGAUGAUGAAUGCUUUGGAGAUGAACUAGAAGAGAUUCCAGACACAGACUUUGACUUUGAAGGCAAUUUAGCUCUUUUCGACAAGGCAGCCAUCUUUGAGGAAAUAGACACACGUGAAAAGAAAGGUGGGAGUGCAGGAGGUGGUGUAGCAAAGUCAAGAGGAACUCCAAAUGAAAGACCUCCUACUUACAGGCAUGACGAGAACAUCAUAGAGUCGGAACCUAUUGUAUACAGAAGGAUUCUGGUCCCUCAGCCUGGUGGAAAGGAAUAUUGUACAGAUUCCGGCUUGGUGGUACCCAGCAUCUCGUAUAGCUUGCACAAGAAACUUCUCUGUGUGGCUGAGAAGCAUGGUCUGUCUGUUGAAAGACGGUUAGAAAUGUCUGGCGUUUGUGCUAGUCAGAUGGCAUUAACACUUCUUGGCGGACCCAACAGGCUAAACCCUAAGAAUGUGCACCAGAGACCUACUGUUGCUCUCCUUUGUGGACCCCAUGUAAAGGGGGCACAGGGCAUUAGCUGUGGACGUCAUUUGGCCAACCACGACGUAGACAUCAUCCUCUUUCUGCCAAAUUUCGUGAAGAUGCUGGAACCUGUGACAAACGAGUUAAAUCUGUUCUGUCAGACUCAGGGCAAGCAAGUGCCAAAUGUCAAAGAUCUUCCAGACUGCCCUGUGGAUUUAGUCAUAAACUGUCUGGACUGCCAUGAAAAUGCUUUCCUGCGUGACCAGCCGUGGUACCGAGCAGCGGUAGACUGGGCCAAUGGCAACCGUGCACCUGUGCUUAGCAUUGACCCUCCUGUAAAUGAUCAAGAGCAAGGUAUACAUGCCAAGUGGUCACUGGAGCUGGGCCUCCCUCUGGCACUGGGGGAGCAGGCAGGACGUGUGUACCUCUGUGAUAUUGGCAUCCCUCAGAAGGUGUUCAGGGAGGUGGGAAUAAGCUACCACUCGCCAUUUGGAUGCAAGUUUGUGAUUCCAUUGCAUUCCAUCUAAGGGUGGCACAAUCUAUUGGAUUUGCAUGCCUAGACUGACACUGUUGCCUUAAGAAGAUGGGCACAGCUGCCAUCGAAAUUUUUUUUUUUUUUUUUUUUUUAAACACCAAUGGUGAUCCUUAUGUUUAUCUGAACAAUACAUGCCUACAGUCUUACUGACACACUGGUAUUAAAUGCAUUGGACUACCUAGGGAACAGGUUUUUUUUAUUGAAUUUUUUUCCCUCCUCCUUUUCUGUGAUUACUCUCUAUUGAGAGGAAGCAUGCAUCUAGCAGUGAGAUGUGAAAGAUGUCAUGUAUUACUUUAGUUGUCAAUUCCCGUUAUUCAUGCAUUUUCUAUUUAGUAACCAAUGCCUGUUAUCAUGCAACUCAACGGUCCUCACUGUAUACUCAAACCCUGCACGAGGGUUGUGCGGUGCACUAGAAGGAUUGAGAAAUAACUGCUGUGUUCUUUACCAAAUGAAAAUACUUUGUGUCAUUACCCGUUCUGUGUUGCUGGCUUUGUUUUGGAUGGUGGGAAUGGGGGUCGUCUUGAACAUGCUUAGAAUUGAGGAAGCUGAAGGUUUGUUCAGAAUACUCCCAGAAGAGGAUUGAAAAUCUGGUGUCUAGCUAAAAUAGCUGAGCUAUAAAAUGCCUUGCCGGACAAAUUAACUUGAGUUCGAUACGGAAUCAAGUCCCUCCAAAGCGGAAGAGCGAGAAAGGAACACAAUGCUUCAGCAAGCUCCUCCUCCAAAUAUAUUUGCUGCACAGCUGUUUUAAAGGCCUACAUUUUGCAAUAUUGUUUAAUGAAUAAACAGGAUAGGGCUCUGAAUU